AUGACCUGCAAGGCGAUGAAAAAGCUGGAUUACGAUGCCUACACCGUGGCCUUGCUGUGUCCUUUGGAAGUAGAGUUAAGUGCUAUGAGAUACUUGUUGGACGAGGAACACCAACGUUUGCCCUCGGUGGCUGGCGAUCCCAAUCAAUACAUCCUGGGCGAGAUGAGCGGCCGUAAUGUUGUCAUCGCGUCUCUGCCUGCGGGAUACCAGGGUACCGCGUCCGCAGCGGCGGUUGCGAUUAAUAUGAGCCGUACGUUCGUGAGUGUACAUAUCCGUCUCUUGGUUGGGAUUGGCGGCGGGGUGCCAAGUGAGAAGGCAGAUAUCCGGCUGGGAGACGUCGUAGUUGGUAUACCCACUGGUAUUCACGGCGGUGUGGUACAGUACGAUCUUGGUAAGCAGCGAUCAUCUGGGUUCGAGCGUAAAGGAUUCCUAUCAUCGCCGCCUUCAGAAUGCCUGCACGCUGUCACCAUGAUGAGAUCAAGUCAUCGGGGAGGAACUAGCAAAGUCCCAGCCUUCCUCAACAACAUGGUCCAAAAGCGCCCCAGACUAAAGGAGUACCAGCGGCCACCUCCCGAACGAGACGUCUUGUUCCAAACUAACUACGAACAUGUCAGCGGUCAGGAUUCUUGUGACCGGUGUGACAGAGCGAGAGUAACGAAUCGAGCUUGUCGUGAGCCCUACAACGAGCCAGUCGUACAUUACGGUCUAAUCGCGUCAGGUAGUCGCGUUUUGAAGGAUGCUGUAGAGAGGGACAGAAUUGGUCAGGAAUGCGGAGGAGCAAUAUGCUUUGAAAUGGAGGCCGCCGGACUUAUGAACGAGUUCUCCUGCAUUGUCAUACGUGGCAUAUCUGACUACGCGGACUCCCACAAGAAUGACGAGUGGCAUGCAUAUGCAGCGGCUGCUGCGGCAGCGCUUGCGAAAGAGCUGCUUGAGUAUAUGGGGGAGGACCCCCGUCAGGGUAACGAAGGACAGAGCUCAGUAUAUCAACUUAGGUCAUUACCGUUAUUAUCCAUCUCUGGUGGCCAACAAGUCAACUUCCCUGUCCACAGCCGCGCAAUUGACUGUCCAGAUCAUGAGCAAACGUUUCAGACUCUUCUCAAAUCGUUAUCGUUCGCCAGACAAGAUGCACGUCUCUUAAACAUUCGUGCAGCCUAUACUCAGACAUGCCAAUGGGUAUUUAGACAAGCCCAAUUCAAAGAAUGGCACGACAAGACCAAAGUUGCAGAGCAUCACAGAUUUCUCUGGAUCAAAGGGAAGCCUGGUUCUGGAAAAUCUACCAUCAUGAAAAAGCUUUAUGAUGCGGCCAGAGCCAAUAGAGGGAAAAUUUAUGGGAAAACAGUUUCAUAUUUCUUCAAUGCUCGAGCCCCCGGUUUGCUGGAGAAAUCGAGUCUGGGAAUGUACCGUUCGCUCGCACAUCAGCUCCUUCAAGCGCUUCCGCAAUUUCAAGAUUACUUCGUUGAGCAUUUCUCCACGAAGGCCACAAUCAGUGACGUCGAUGAAUGGACGGUCCUUGAACUUCAAGGCUUUCUUACACAUGUAGUGGAAAAUCUGGGGAGCCAACCUGUUACCAUCCUCAUCGACGCACUGGACGAGGGUGAAGAGGAUGAUGUGCGACAAAUGGUCAUGUUCUUGGAAGAACUGGGUCAAACCGCAGUCUACAAUAAAACACAGCUGAUGGUAUGCCUCUCGAGUCGCCAUUAUCCACACAUCAGCAUUCGGAAAUCAGUUCCCCUGGUCGUAGAGGGUCAAACUGGACACGACGACGACAUCGCCACAUAUGUGAGAAAUCAUCUCAACGAAGAUGAGAGUCCACAGAUGGAAGAACUCAGGGAAAGAUUGUGUCACAAGGCUUCAGGCGUGUUCCUGUGGGUUGUCCUAGUAGUCCCAAUUUUGAAAAAACUCUACGAUCAUGGCCGGCUGGCUUUGAUGGGGAACCUCCUGGACAAAAUUCCAUCCGAACUGGACGACCUGUUCGCUCAGAUUCUGGCAAGAGACAACGAGGACAGAGCCGAAUCUAUCCUACUCUUCCAGUGGACCUUGUUCGCGGAACGGCCCUUGAGUCCAACUGAACUGUUCUACGCUGUGGCAUCUGGACUCCCUAAGAAUUGGAAUUCGGAUGACGCCAGCAGGGAAACUAUAGAACGAUAUAUUCUCAACUGCUCAAAAGGGCUCGCUGAGAUCUCCAAAUCCGAGCCACCUACAGUUUACUUCAUUCAUGAAACUGUGAGGGGAUUUCUGCUUCAAAAGAAUGGACUCGCCAAAAUCCAGCCUGAUCUCCGAGACAACAUGUUUGGUGCUAGUCACAACCAGCUUACGAAGAAUUGCGUCCGAUAUCUUUCCAGGCUUAGUGAACGCCUAGCUCCAAGCCCCAGCACUUUAGGUAAGCGGCAGCGAAACAACAAAACUGAGAAUGACAGGGAGAAAGAAGUUAUAUUCAGACGCUUUCCGCUCCUAGAGUACGUAGUCACGUUCAUGUUCAAUCACGCUGACAACGCAGAAGCAACCGGAUUUUCCCAGAAGCAUUUCUUGGAGGAGUUUAACACAGUCGACAGCUCAGAGCUGCAGAAAUGGAUCCAUUUCCGCAAUAUUUUUCAACCUUUUAAGAUCCGACGGUACACGCCGAAAGCCACCUUGUUGUACAUUCUAUCAGAACAGAAUAUGUACAAUCUUAUCAGGCCAUUGAUAGAAUAUUCCAAUGUCAACAGUCCUGGGGAGAGAUAUGGAAACGCAUUGCAGGCAGCGUGCGCGAAUGGCCAUGAACAAACUGCUCGUCUACUCGUUGAAAAUACCUGUGCUGAUGUGAACGCACAAGGAGGGGAGCACCGCAGCGCGCUACUUGCGGCAAUAUUCAUCAGAAACGAUACUAUAGUAGAGUUGAUUCGGAAUAAAGGCGGAACUGUGCCAAAAAAUAUUCUGAACAAAAGGCUUCUCUCUACGAUUUACCGUAAAUAUGCUCUUGGAGUCAAAGUUCUGCUUCAGCUGGGGGCCGACGCCAACACACGGAGCUUGGAUCGCGGCACUGCCCUCCAAGUAGCCGCUUACCGACGGCACCAGCCGAUUGUUCAGAUACUGCUUGAUAAUGGAGCCAAUGUCAAUGCGCAAGGAGGGUAUCUUGGUAAUGCUCUUCAGGCAGCUUGUUCAAGAGGUCACCAGCAGAUUGUUCAGAUACUGCUUGACAAUGGGGCCAAUGUCAACGCGCAAAAUAAUAUUGGUAAUGCUCUUCAGGUAGCUUCUUGUAAUGGGCAUCUGCAGAUUGUUCAAAUACUACUUGACAAUGGGGCCAAUAUCAAUGCGCAAGGUGGGUAUUAUGGUAAUGCUCUUCAGGUAGCUUCUUGCGAUGGGCACCAGCAGAUUGUUCAGAUACUGCUUGAAAAUGGAGCCAAUGUCAAUGCGCAAGGAGGGUAUCUUGGUAAUGCUCUUCAGGCAGCUUGUUCAAGAGGUCACCAGCAGAUUGUUCAGAUACUGCUUGAUAAUGGGGCCAAUAUCAACGCGCAAGGUGGGCAUUAUGGCAAUGCUCUUCAGGCAGCUUCUUGCAAUGGGCAGCAGCAGAUUGUUCAGAUGCUGCUUGAUAAUGGGGCCAAUAUCAAUGCGCAAGGAGGGUAUCUUGGUAAUGCUCUUCAGGCAGCUUGUUCAAGAGGUCACCAGCAGAUUGUUCAGAUACUGCUUGACAAUGGGGCCAAUAUCAACGCGCAAGGUGGGCAUUAUGGCAAUGCUCUUCAGGCAGCUUCUUGCAAUGGGCAGCAGCAGAUUGUUCAGAUGCUGCUUGACAAUGGGGCCAAUAUCAACGCGCAAGGUGGGCAUUAUGGCAAUGCUCUUCAAGCAGCUUCUUACAAUAGGCAGCAGCAGAUUGUUCAGAUGCUGCUUGACAAUAGGGCUAAUAUCAACGCACAAGGUGGGCAUUAUGGCAAUGCUCUUCAGGCAGCUUCUUCGGAAGGUCACCAGCAGAUUGUUCAGAUACUGCUUGAAAAUGGAGCUAAUGUCAAUGCGCAAGGUGGGCGUUAUAGUAAUGCCCUUCAGGCAGCUUCUUCGGAAGGUCAUCAGCAGAUUGUACAGAUGCUGCUUGACAAUGGGGCCAAUGUCAACGCGCAAGGUGGGUAUUAUGGCAGUAGCCUAUAUGUAGCUUCUUCAGAAGGUCACCAGCAGAUUGUACAGAUGCUGCUUGACAAUGGGGCCAAUGUCAACGCGCAAGGUGGGUAUUAUGGCAGUAGCCUAUAUGUAGCUUCUUCAGAAGGUCACCAGCAGAUUGUACAGAUGCUGCUAGACAAUGGGGCCAAUGUCAAUGCACAAGGUAAUCUUGGUAAUGCUCUUCAGGCAGCUUCUUCGAGAGGUCACCAGCAGAUUGUACAGAUGCUGCUUGACAAUGGGGCCAAUAUCAACGCGCAAGGGGGGAGAGUGGUUGGAGAAACGAUAAUGCUACCAGGGAUAGGAGCGUUCUCAUACUCGCCGAACGGUUGA